CGACAGGCUUCUGGUCACCGGUUCUUGAUCCUAGCACCUUGAAUCUCGUGAAUUCAACAGAUGUAUAUUGAAUUUAAUGGACUUUUACAAGGUAGUUCGCAAGAUGCAGGGGUGAGAGGUAAAUCGGACCAAUCGCGGCCCAUUGACCAUUGCUGGUGCCGCAAUGGACGACCCGACAGGCUGGGACCGUAUCAAAGAUUUCAUAUAUUUGCAUCGGAGAUGAGUCUCCAACGAGAAGACAUACCUAAACGAGGAAAUAUGUUUUAUUACAGUGCAUGAGUGACUAAUUUUGGGAGCAAUCUAGACCAGCAGAACCAGCAGGUACCCGGUUUUACGUGGCUAUAGAAUCAAUCCGGUUCCCGGUCAUUUGCGACAAUUUUUAUUGCUUCAUCAAUUUCUUAGACAUUCCGAAUUCCGAGUCCUCUCAGAAUGUUGGUACCGACUGCAUGCUUAUUGUUUGCGGCUACCUUUGCUGCUGCCGCAUGCAGCAAUAUCACAGUUACUGGUUGCCAAGCACUGGCAUUAGUUUUACCUUCCAAGGUCUUCUUCCCAAGCAGCGAUGCUUACAAAUAUGAGGCAGGAAAUUUCUGGUCAAACACAGAGAUCUUGGCGCCCGGAUGCGUAUUUCGCCCAGAGAGCGCAACUGAUGUUUCUACCGCAAUCUUGACGUUGCAGAGUGGCAAGAAUGAGUCUGUUUUCGCGGUUCGUGGCGGCGGUCACAUGGGUAUCAAGGGAGCCAAUAAUGUCGACGAUGGUGUUCUUGUCGUUUUGUCGAACUUGUCAAGCAUUAACCUAUCUGAUGAUCAUCAAUCACUGACGCUUGCUUCUGGAUGGCGAUGGGGCGAUGUUUUCUCUUGGCUCGAACCGCAUGGACUGACCGUGGCUGGUGGUCGACUUUCACCUGUAGGUGUCCCAGGUCUCUUGCUUGCAGGUGGAAUUAACUUCUUGGGAAACCAACAUGGUUGGGCUGCCGACAACGUCCUGGAGUACGAAGUCGUUCUGGCUUCAGGUGACAUCGUAGUAGCUUCCUCAACAGAGAACGUAGAUCUUUUCUGGGCUCUCAAAGGAGGCAGUAGUAACCUUGGUAUCGUCACGCAGUUUAAAAUUCGUGCCUUUCCGUCGCCUGGUAUUUGGGGAGGCAUUUACGUGGCUGACCAGCAUCACACAUCUGACAUGCUAGCGGCUAUUGCGAACUUUGCAGCAUUCAAUACUGAUCCACUUACUCACCUAGUCGCCAUGACAAUCUCAACAGGCAUUGACACUUGGAGUCCGGCUGCUGUCUUGUUUCACGAUAGCCCCGGUGAUACCAAUGCCGUUCCAGACGCAUUCGCUUCAUUCUUUGAGAUACCUGCGGCAUCCAAUUCAGUCAUCGGGAAUCGGAGUAUUGCAUCUCUAGCUGCAGAGAUCGCCGCUGGAGUUGCUGAUGGUCACAAUGAUAUGUUCAUUGCUGGAACCACUGUCGGCCGCGAUUACGAUUCACUUCUUCAAGGCGUACGAUUGACCAAUAACAUCUUCUCUGCCAAUAUUCCAUACCUAUAUGACGCUAUUGGCGCCAAUGCAACAAAUGUAAUCAAAAGUGCCAGUAUCAAUUGGCAGCCGAUCGGAGACCUGUGGGUUGCGGGCUCUCAAGCAUCGAAUCCCUUGGGCAAUGCCCUUGGUAUUGAUCUCAAUAAAGGCACGUAUCUAGCAUGGGCAGAAACAGUGGAAUGGUAUGGAUCCGAGUACGACGAGAUUGUGGCAACUUGGGCGAAGAAUACGACUGAUGCUAUUAAUGCUGCCGCCAAGGAAGCUGCCAUUUAUGAUCCAUUCACGUACAUCGGUGAUGCGUCUGGCUUCCAACUUGACCAAGCAUUUCCUGGAUAUGGCGAGGAAAAUCAAGCUAAGUUGCUGGCAAUUUCGCGGAAGUACGACCCAGGGAGGUUCUUCCAAACCCUUCUACCAGGAGGUUUCAAGAUUGGACUUUAAGCAAACAAGUCAGAGAGUAUCAAUCUAAAUGACAUACGACAACACCGCUU